AUGGAUAACACAGAAUAUAAAUACAUAAUUAAAAUUUUAAAAGAUAAUAAAAUAACUGGAGAUAAUUAUAUUGAAAAAAAAAAAAUUAAUAAUAUUAGAAAACUUUACUCAAUUUCAAAAAAAGAAGAAAAAACAAUUUUACACAAGAUAAUUAAAGAAAAAAAGAGAGUUGUUAUUUCACAUGAUGAAAUGAAUCAAGUUUUUUAUAAAUAUCAUGAUCAAAAGGAUCACAAUAAUAAAUCUCAAUUUAAUGAAUUAUUAAAAAAUUAUUAUUGGGAAACCAAGGUGCAAAUGGAUUUGGAUUACUAUUUAUCAAUUUGUAAAGUUUGUCAUGAUAAAUAUAAAGUUGGUGAUGGAAAAGAAAAAACAAAAAAGAGAUUAGAACAAUUAAAAUCUGAAACAUUAAAUAAUUCCUCCUCCUCCAUUAUUCCAAAACAAACAGAAAAGAAAAGAAAAUUGGAAGAAUACUCUGAUGAUGCUGAUUCCGAAUAUGAUUCCAGCUCCUGUUCAGAUAGUGAUGAAAGUGAAUCUGAUGGUGAAACAAAAGUUGUAAUUAAAAACAAAUCCAAUCAUUCAAAAUUAUCAUUAUCAGUUUCAACAAAAAAGAAAACCCCUUCCUCAUCAUCAUCAUCAUCAUCAUCGUCUUCCUCUCCAUCAAAACCAAUUCAAAACAUUUUACCAAAACAACCACCAAAGAAAAAAUUGGAAUUGUCAAAAAACAGCAACAACGAUGAUGAAGAACAAUCAAUAUCAGUAAAUAAAAAAAGAGAUAAUAAAAAAGUCUUUGAUUUAUAA